GAACCUGGAGGAUAUCCAGCACAAAUUUUCUCUCUCCCUCUUUCUCUGCCAGGUUCAUCGUGUCGGGGCUAGGAUCGUCAAGACAAGGAGAAAGAAGGAUUUACUCCACGACAUGAGGGGUGCGUGGGCUCUGUCUGCAGCUUUGCUCCUCUUGGGUCUGGUCACGACCGGAGGAGACCCCCAAAGGGAUACCAGAGACUGGUGUGAACAGAACAAGACUCUUCACAAACGGUUGGAUAUUGUAGAAAAGAAUAUAGAACGAACAGUCAAUCACUUGGAGGCUGAAAUAUCUGCUCUGCUCAGAGUCAUCGAGGAUUCAAACCCCCCACUUCAGCUGGCAGCUCCAACCAUGGACAUUUUUGAGAAUGGUUUGUACUGAACAUCAUGAUGCCAGUCUGCAUUCUGAAAGGCUGUCAUUAAAGGAUACAUACAUCAAGAAACUAAUCAGCAAGAGGGAUUAAAAAAUGAAUGUCA